AUGCGAUAUUUUGAAUGUCGUGCUCUUUACCCCUCAUUCUAUAUUGAUUUGAGUGUUGUUGUGAGAAAUGGCUCCCGAGCAAGUGGGCUCGACUCUCCCCCACACGACUUCCCUCCUCCACCACCGCCGCUUGCUCUUGCAAGCUCUGCUCGAGCAGCACUUCCGUUACCGCCACCACCGCCGCCUCUACCACCACCGCCACCUCCACCCGAAGUGGACGCGGCCACAGCUUAUUCGGCAACCGUCCAUUCCUACGAUGUCGGAAGGAUCCCUUUCAUCGUUGAAAACAGUACAAGAGAACCUACCACUCCCUUCAACGACUGA